CAUAAACGUUUCUUUUCUUUUUCUUCCAUAUUUUCUUUACGAUUCUUUCUUCAUUAAGAACACCGUGCGUUAACUAAAAAUUCACCUUUUGGAUACAGUAUCUCUUCACCUGUUGAAAAAGACUUCAACAAAUUCACCUUUUCCAUACAGUAUCCCUUCAUCAGUUGAAAAAGAUUUCAACAAAUAUGGGACUGCAAUAUGUUAAUAAAAGGAAAGAACCGGUGGUGUCCGGAGGUGGAGAGCCGCAGCAUCCAACAGAGUGGAGGCGGUACAAAGGGGUGAGGAGGCGGCCUUGGGGCAAGUUUGCCGCAGAGGUAAGGGAUCCGGAGAAGAAACGAAAGAGAAUAUGGCUGGGAACGUUUGAUACACCAGAGGAAGCAGCAUUGGCUUAUGAUAACGCAGCUUUCAAGCUACUAGGUUCACGAGCUAAGGUGAAUUUCCCUCUCUUGAUUGGCGUGAAUGAUUCACCAGUUGUUCUAGCUUCUAGGUGGCUAGCUCUAUUCCCCCAAGAGACAAGAAGUAAAGGCGUAGUGGUGGAGCCACCAAUCACCGCCUCAAGGGCCGAUGAAGAAUCGGAAAUAACAGCUUACACCACCACUGUCCGCACCAAUGAUGCUGCCACAAUGGAGGUGGGAAGUAGUCAAGACGCCGGAAAACUGUUCCAAACAGAUAAAUGGUUCAUACCGCCAAUAAUACCACCUCCAGAAUCACCAAUAACAGUCCUUACCACCACUGACGACACCACCAACACCACCACCAGUACAACCAAUGGUAAUCUCACUAGAGUGGAGAUGGGAGUUGACCAUGACACACAUUUGGAUUUUCAAAUGUUUAGCUUGAAACCUGAAGAACAUUCACCAAGUAUGGUGCAACCAUCAGCUACCUCCGACGAAGCUUCAGAGGAGGAGAGCGCAUGAAGAAGCCGCGCCAGAGAAUGCCCCGAGGCAUGCCGCGCCCGGCAGGCUAAGCCGACGGAACCUAGCGCCCGUCAGCGCCCCUAAGAGCAGGUCGCUCGCGGAGAAAAGCUCGGCCCCGCCAGGGGCGCCUUCCACUCCGGGACAAAUGUAACGGUCUCAGGCGACAAGACAAAUGCUCAGAGCAUUACCGCCUGAACCAAUCGUUGGCUCUGACAGAUUAAGGAACACGAUCGCCCAAUCAGCGUCCCCGAUCCUGUCGGGUUUGACGCCCUUGUCCCGUACGGACUAGCAGAAGGACUCAGUAUAAAAGACCACCCGAGGUGCCUUGGGAAGUAAGUCGUCUUCUCUCAGUUUACUCACAAUACAAUCUCAAUUCUAUCCACUGACUUGACCGUCAAAGCGUUUUCCUGGGAGCCUCCUCCCGGAAAACGGCUGACGAUCCUUUCUCGCUGUGACCUUGCAGGUUCACCGGAAUCACCAAAGGCAUAGAGCACCGUCGUAGUGGAACUAGGUCACAUCAUUUGGUGCAAUCCGUGAGACACGAACCCAUGACGCUUGAGACGCUAUUUCCAAGCACAUCAGAUAGAAGUGCUAACAAAUUGUCCGAUCAAACAAAUACUGCUCAAGCCAGAAACAUCCGGGCGACUAGCGAAAUGGGCAAUCGAGCUAGGGGAGCAUGAUAUCAGCUACCGCCCGCGUACCAGUAUCAAAGGACAAGCAUUAGCAGACUUUCUCCUUGAAAUCCCAGGCGAUGCAAAGACGUCAGUUCAGACAAAAGAGUUAUUGGGGAUAGGCCAUUCCAAGGAUGACCUGAAAUGGACCCUAUUCACUGACGAGGCAUCCAAUAAAAAAGGGUCGGGAGCUGUGUAACAUCCGGAUUUCCAG